ACGGUGAUGGUUGAUUGAAAACGGAAACCAGUAAGUGAACAUUGUUUCAUUUGCGGAAUCCCAUGUUUGUUCUGUUUCUCACUUUCAACCUCCUACUACUACUAUUAAUAUUCGGUGCAAGCGAGGCCGAGCUGGCCGUCAACGAGGCUCAUUUCUGUCUCACAAACGAUGCAGACUUCGACGUCGACGUCUACGUGACGUACGCCAACUGCCACAACUGCCGCCCGCGCUUUCUCGCCUCAUCCGCAACGAACGAGAGCAACUGUACCGCCAAUAUUUCGACCUCCUUCGACUUUCGGUUGUCUGUCAUGCGCACUGAUGUCGGCGAGUUUCUGACAGGAAACUGUAGCAACGCCAGUCUGCCGCACCGUGCCGUCAGUCACAGUUGGUGCAACGUCACAGUGAGAGAUGCACAGACCUGUGACGUCACGCAUUCAACAAAUGAGUGGCCGACUUAUCUCCCACUUGUUAUCUCCAUUGGUAUUCUCCUGCUAUUUGGUGUCUUCUGGGUCGUAUUUACGCAAUUUUUGUAUGAUCGAUUGCAGAAGACGUUGGCAUGGCGAUGGGUGUUUGGCAAUGGAGCCACUUCUGUGAUCAACGAUACUAGUCAGUUGGAUUACGAUACGGACGAAGAACGACAGGCUAGGAUCGAAACGAGAAACCACCAUUUGAUCCUCGGACCCGAUAUGUCGGUGAAACGACGUCGGCUUGCUUCGCUCGAUGCAUUCCGAGGAAUAUCAUUGAUAUUAAUGAUUUUUGUUAACUACGGAGGCGGAGGGUACUGGUUCUUUGAGCAUAGCACGUGGAAUGGGCUUACAGUUGCCGAUCUCGUUUUUCCCUGGUUCAUCUUUAUUCUCGGUACAUCGGCUGCCAUAUCGCUCAACCUGUUGGAUCAACGGGAUAUCAGUCGACGUCGAACGUUUCUCAAAGUCGUUCGUCGAUUCGUCAUACUGUUUGGCCUCGGACUGCUGCUCAAUAAAUCGAUGGAUCUAUCGACGUAUCGUGUGAUGGGCGUGCUCCAACGGCUCGCCAUUUGUUACCUCGUCAUCUGUCUCCUUCAUCUGAUCUUUGCUCCACGAGCGAGAUACGACGUCUUGGAUCAAGAUCGAUUGACGUCGGUUCGUGACAUCACCGGCCACCUUAUGGAGUGGAUCACGAUCGUAGCCAUCGUGACGCUCCACACUCUGGUUACGUUUUUCAUUCGAAAGAAAGAAUGUCCGCCAGGUUAUCUCAAUGCCGGUGGCAAGUUGGGAGAUUUCGGAGACCAUGGCAAUUGUACAGGUGGUGCGGCUGGAUAUAUUGAUGAUAUUAUACUGACAAAGUCCCAUAUGUUUCAACACCCAACGUGUAAGGAGACGUAUCUCACCGGCCCCUUUGAGCCCGAAGGCAUCCUCAGCACUCUUCCCGCCAUAGUGACCGCGUUCCUCGGUAUGCAUGCCGGACGUAUCCUCAUCGUGUAUCGUUCAGAGUCUGCUCGGCUUACAAGAUGGCUGCUGCAUUGUGUUGUAUGGGGAAGUAUUGCUAUCGGUCUCUGUGAGGGGAAACAAGAUGGAGGCAUCAUUCCGAUCAAUAAGAAUCUCUGGUCGUUGUCGUAUUCUCUCGCCAUGUCCGCGUCAGCGUUCCUCCUUCUCUCCGCGUUCUAUUUCAGUAUUGACGUACGAAAGUGGUGGAACGGAUCCCCAUUUAUCUACCCUGGACGAAACUCGAUUCUCGUCUACGUCGGACAUGAAAUCGUUUUCGGUUGGUUUCCAUUCGGUUGGUCGUCGGAUGAGACGCACGCGAACUUGAUGGCGAGGAACCUGACGGGGACAGCUCUGUGGGUUGUGAUUUCUUACUAUCUGUACACAAUCAAGUUUUUUCUUAAAAUAUAAAAGCGAUGUCAAGUUACAGGAGAAUUUCUUGUUGCACAUGGUGUAUAAUACAAGCAAACAUACACAUGAUCACACUAACUAACAAGUGCAAGUAGAGUAUAGAAACACACAAACAGAUGUAGAGAUGGCCACGCAAACAAACACAGAUACAGUGUA